AUGGAAGCAGAACCUAGCAGCCACGCUAACACUUCCAGCUCAACAGUGGAAACAGAAGCAGUAUCAAUGUCCUCUGAUGAGGCCACAGAGGCCACAAAUUCCACAUCUCACAUGGAAAUUGAAUCCCAGAAAGACUCUACAGUUCCCAAUUUCACCAACACAACUGAGGAUAAUACUCCUUUUAUCACAGUUGUAUCCAAAAAACAAAAAGUAAAAGGAAAGAAAAAAUCUUAUAUACGACCAGACAGUCCAUAUGGAAAAGCAGGCAGCUCUCAAAGCCGCCUCUUACACAAAAUUCAAAACUAA